AUGGUUCUCAUCUGGACUCAGUUCGGCGUGAAGAACAAGAAUGUCAAUGUCAAGUGCAAAGUGCGAGUCAUGCACAGGGGGGACAGCUCAGGAUCAUCAUCAUCAGCGGAAGGCACCAAGUCUGAGCAGGACACACCCUGCCUGUCCAUCAAACCCAUGGGCAAGGACUUCUACAAGAUCCUGGGCGCCACCCCUGAAUCCAAUGACGACGAGAUCAGGAAGGCCUACAGGAAGAUGGCCCUCAAGUUCCACCCGGACAAGAACAGCGAGGCCGACGCAGAGGACAGGUUCAAAGAGAUCGCAGAGGCCUACGAGAUCCUGACUGACCCCAAGAAGAGGAGCAUAUACGACCAGUUUGGAGAAGAAGGUCUUAAAAAUGGAAUGUCAGUGUCCAUGGCAGGCCAAACCAACGUGUUCCGUAAUAAUUUCCACGGCGAUUCCCACGCCAACUUCCACGGAUCAGACCACUUCGACAUCUUCUUCAGCAAAGACAUGGACGGCGAAGACGACCUCUUCAACCCGUUCAGACGGUUCCCCUUCAGCCACGUCGGUGGCUUUGAGGGCGGCCUGCGAAGAGGCCAGCGGCGCCUGCAGGGCGACGCGGUGACGCACGACCUGCAGGUGACCCUGGACGACGUGAUGCAAGGCUGCACGAAGCACGUGAAGAUCACCCGCCGCCGCCUCAACCCAGACGGCCGCAGCCUGCGGUCCGAGGACAAGGUGCUGAACGUGGUGGUGAAGAAGGGCUGGAAGGCGGGAACCAAGAUCACCUUCCCCAGGGAGGGAGACGAGACGCCAAACAACACACCCGCCGACAUCACCUUCAUUCUCAGGGACAAGGAGCACCCGCAGUACAAGAGGCAGGGCUCCAACAUCGUCUACACGGCCAAGAUCACACUCAAAGAGGCUCUCUGCGGCUGCACAGUCAACGUCCCCACGCUGGACAAGCGGAUGAUGCCUCUGCCGUGCAGCGACGUCAUCAAACCCGGUGCCGUCCGGCGGCUGAGGGGCGAGGGUCUCCCCAUGCCCAAGAGCCCCUCCCAGCGCGGCGACCUGGUGGUGGAGUUCCAGGUGCUCUUCCCCGACCGGAUCCCACCCCAGUCCCGCGAGAUCAUCAAGCACAGCCUGGCCCAGUGCUAG